UAGCGCAUGCCCAGUUACAAAAUCUAUAUUAAAAUGGAGGAUAAGAAUCAGGUCGUAGAGCGAGAGACUAAAAAGGAUGAAAUUCAUGAAAAAGAUGGGCAUUCCAAAAGUUCCAAAAAAAGGAACCGUAAGAAAAAGAAACAGACUAUACAUUCUACGAGUGAGAAUCACAACAAUGCAGGACACAGCGAAGAAAAAAAUCUUCAAAGCGCUUGCAACAUCUCGAUAAAGGAAAUACAAAUGGCUAUGGAAGUAUUAAACAUGCAGCAAAAGCCUGCGAAAACACAAGAAGAAGCGAUGCAAAAACCUUAUCAAUUUUGGAGUACGCAACCGGUACCUAAAAUGGAUGAAAAAAUUGUGUGCAAUGAACCUAUUGAACCUGAUAAAACUUCUAUAAGGGCAGAACCAUAUUCAUUACCGGAAGGUUUCCAAUGGGAUACUUUAAUCCUUGAAGAACCUUUAGUAUUAGCGGAGUUGUAUUCUCUAUUAUCAGAAAACUAUGUCGAAGAUGAUGAUGCAAUGUUUCGAUUUGAUUAUCCACCAAUAUUUUUAAAAUGGGCAUUACAACCACCUGGAUGGUGUAAAGAAUGGCACUGUGGUGUUAGAGUAAGCAAAAGCGGACGUCUAGUCGGUUUUAUUUCCGCUAUUCCAGCUACUCUACGCAUUUAUAACCAUACUAAAAAGAUGGUUGAAAUAAAUUUCUUAUGUGUACAUAAGAAAUUAAGAUCCAAAAGAGUUGCUCCUGUGUUAAUACGAGAAAUUACAAGGAGAGUUAAUCUUCAGGGAAUUUUUCAGGCUGUAUAUACUGCUGGAGUUGUAUUACCAAAACCAGUCGCAACUUGCAGAUAUUGGCAUCGGUCACUUAAUCCAAAGAAACUAAUUGAAAUUAAAUUUUCUCAUUUGUCACGCAACAUGACCAUGCAGAGAACUUUAAAACUGUAUAAGCUGCCAGAAAACACGAAAGUGCCUGGAUUUCGAAAACUCGUUUAUACAGAUAUUCCACAAGCUCACAAGAUUUUAAGCGAUUAUUUAGAAAAAUUCGAUCUAGCACCGAUUUUUACUAUCGAGGAAUUCCAACAUUGGUUCCUUCCACAAAAUGGCAUGAUCAAUACUUUCGUAGUUGAAAAUGAUGGUAAAAUCACCGAUAUGGUUAGCUAUUACACCUUGCCAAGUUCUAUAAUGCAUCAUCAAGCACACAAGACAUUAAAAGCUGCCUAUAGUUUUUACAAUGUCUCGACCGUAACGCCGUGGCUUGAACUUAUGACAGAUGCUCUUAUAUCAGCUCGUAACUUGGGUUUCGAUGUAUUUAAUGCAUUGGAUUUAAUGGAUAACAAGGAAUUCUUGGAACCUCUGAAAUUCGGUAUUGGUGACGGUAAUCUCCAAUAUUAUUUAUACAAUUGGCGUUGUCCAAGUAUGACGCCUGGAAAAAUUGGUUUGGUGCUCCAGUAGAUUUUCAGAUCAACGUUGUUGACUCUGGAAUGUUAAACGAUUGUAAGCUUGCGUGAGUGAAAGUAAAGAAUGUUAGAUGAGUGUAAGCUAAGAGAAAAAAACAAUAUAAGAUCCAUGCGUAAAAAAUAAAAAACGACGAAAACAAAGAAAGAAAAAAAGUGCGAAAAGCCUCUGUUAUAUUUCUGUGACCACAAGUAAUUAAAAAAAAAAAAGCAACAGCAAGUGAACAUUGAGUAAAACAGCAGGAAAAAGAAUUUGAAAGAAUAUAUGUGAAAAAGAAUCUUACAGAACUGUGAGUAACAAAAAAAUUUGUCGAUAUUUUCGAAUAUCAUUCUUUUUAACGUCCCUGAUAGUGAACAGGACGACGAGACAGCAGGGGCAGGGUCAAGAUCGGUACGGUAUAAAUAAAAUGUUUGCAUGCGCCAACGCGAGUGUAUAUACGUAUAUAUACAUAUAUAUAUACAUAUAUAUAUACACAUAUAUAUAUAUAUAUAUGUGCGUGAUUCGAGCAAUGUAGAUAAAUAUCGUAACGUUAGUAACUUGACCGAGCCACGCAAAGGGUUGGGAACAUAAAACAACUAAUAUACAAUCCGACGUUCUUCGAAAGAACUAUAUUUCCUUUGCAUCUUCUUGGCAAAAUAGAUGAUAAUGCGUAUGUCGCGAGAUAAGAAUGAAAAAUAAAAAAACAAAAAGAAAAGAA